AUGAGAUUUCUAGCGAAGUUGCAAAACAGUCCUCGAGACGUGAAAAUCCUUCUAGCAUCUGUCUUUCUACGGAGAGCCAGUUUUGGUAUUACAAGUCAGGUCCUUACACUCUUUCUUAUAUCUGUUGGUAUCUCGAAAACAAGUGUAGGUAUAUUCAUGACCCUCACUUUAGUUGGGGACACAUUGAUUUCAUUGGUGCUCACAUGGUACUCAGAUCUAUUCGGUAGGCGGUUGGUAAUGAUAAUGGGAUGUGUUCUAAUGGUGGCUGCUGGGCUCAUCUUUGCGAAGGCGCUGAAUUAUUGGGUUCUCCUAGGUGCAGCAGUAGUUGGUGUUAUUUCAACAUCUGGUGACGAGACUGGGCCAUUCAAAUCUGUCGAGGAAGCAUGCUUGUCUCAUGCCGUUGUACAUGAACUGCGAGCUUACAUCUUCGCCACUUAUGGUCUUCUAGGAACUCUUGGCCUGGCUGUUGGCUCCUCUGUGUGUGGUGUUUUGGUAUCCUACUGGUCUGAAUCGCUUCUAUGGCCUUUGAUUAAGUGUUAUCGAACAAUAUUUGUGAUCUAUGCAGCCAUUGGCUUGAUGAAAUUCACUCUCACCAGUCUUCUUUCAAAGGAUUGUGAGGUAAAUGAAGUUCACAACUCUGAAACUGCCGUAUCUGAUAUUAAUGAAGAGUCUCAGAUUCCUCCAUUAAUGGCUACCGAACAAACCGAAUCUGAUCCCUUGAUUGAGGGCGACGUCCUAGAAGAAGCUUCGGAGGAGGCUUCGCCGACAUUUACAGGGGUACUUUCUCCUGAAACCCGCAUGUAUUUGCCUAAACUACUUGUGGUAUUCAUGCUAGAUUCAUUUGGCUAUGGUUUCAUGCCUCCAGCAUGGAUUGUGUACUAUUUCAGAACAAUUUAUCAUGCUAGCCCUGCGUCACUUGGAACAUUGUUUUUCUUCACCAAUCUUGUGGACUCAAUUUCCUCAAUUGCAUCUGCUAUGACAUUCCUGCUUUUUGGCCCAGUAAAAGCCAUCCUAGUAGCCCAACUUCCCAGUGCAGCCUUCUUCGCUCUGAUUCCAUUUUGGAAGUCUUACACCGUUGCAGCUGGAUUCUACUUUCUCUUUUGUGCAUGUGCUACCAUGGAUGUAGUACCUCGACAGAUCCUCUUGACUCAAUUGAUACCAAAACGGGAUCUCGUGAGAGCCCUCGGUCUAGUCAAUAUCGCAAAAACAUUUGCCCGGUGCAUCGGUCCAUUGUUUACAGGUAGGAUUGCAGAACAUGGACAUUUGGAAAUUGCAUUUUAUAUCAACGGGGCUUGCCUCCUCCUUGCUGAUUCGAUCCUAGGAUUUAACUUCGCUCAUCUAGAUCGAAGCAUCUUACGAAUUCAUGGUAAAUAA